UUAGUUACUUCUAGAAGUGCUUUAAGGAUUCUGAGUUGACUCCUUUGCACUCUUGACAUCACCUGGGUGGAAAAGAAGGCGUUGCUGAGAGUCUCAGCUGGUGACGCUCCGUCCCUGUGUGAGGCUCACCAGCCCAUCCCCGGGUCAGCAUGCCUGAGGGAGGGUCCGGACUAGGGGACCUGCGCGGUCCACUUCAGCCAUGCACGCUUGAUCUAUUUAGCCCUGGGUGCGGUGCUUUUAAUGCUCAUGGGCCAGAGGGGGGGCGGCUGGAGCGGGCGGAUGACCGAGGCCAGGUCUGUGAAGCUGUUCUGUGGUGGAGCAGAUGUCAGUGGGAAUUAGCAGACGGGGCGGCCGAGGCACAAGGAGAGCCGCCCAAGAUUUGAAACCUCGGCGUCUCAGCGCCCGCUGGAUUAUGCCCAAGGCUUUCCUACCCAAUGAUCCUCUUGGCACCUGCCGGGCGUCCUCCGCCUAAGCGGCCCGUGUCCUCUCCUCCUAUGGCCGUGGCAGCCAGGUCUACAGGGUCCUUGCAGCUUCCGCCGCAGAAGCCUUUUGGGCCAGAGGCUCCCUCGGCCCUGGCCGGGGACGAAGAGCUAGCCAAGGAGGGGGAGCCGGACCCUGCGCUGGAGGGGCUGUGCAAACCUCUGUACUGCAGGCUCUGCAGCGUCACCCUGAACUCCGCCCAGCAGGCCCGGGCUCAUUACCAGGGUAAAAAUCAUGGUAAGAAACUUCGGAACUACUAUGCAGCGAAUAGCUGUCCCCCUCCCGCCAGGGUGAGCAGCGUGGAGCCUGCAGCCGCACCUGUUCCUGGCCCUCCACAGGCGGGCUCCUGUAAGCCGGGCGGCAGAGUGAUCCUGGCCACGGAGAACGACUACUGCAAGCUCUGUGACGCCUCCUUCAGCUCCCCGGCCGUGGCUCAGGCUCACUACCAAGGCAAGAAUCACGCCAAGCGGCUGCGGUUGGCGGAAGCUCAGAGUAACUCGUUCCCGGACUCCUCAGAGGUGGGCCCACGGCGGGCCCGGAAAGAAGGGAAUGAAUUUAAGAUGAUGCCUAACAGGAGGAAUAUGUACACGGUGCAGAGUAACUCAGCGGGUCCUUACUUCAGCCCUCGCUCCCGGCAGAGAAUCCCGCGCGACCUGGCCAUGUGCGUGACCCCCAGUGGCCAGUUCUACUGCUCCAUGUGCAACGUCGGGGCUGGUGAGGAGGCGGAGUUCCGGCAGCACUUGGAGAGCAAGCAACACAAGAGUAAGGUGUCAGAGCAGCGGUACCGGAGCGAGAUGGAGAACCUGGGCUACGUGUAGUCACGGCCGCACUCGAGCAGCGUCCUGCCUGGUGUCUGCCUGUCACCCCGCCUGCUCUGUGGUCCUUCGAUACGAUACAUUCCUCUGCUUAAUGUCCCACCUGUGCCCUGCAGUGGCACCGCGAGCUGUCGGAACCGGGGAGGGGAAUGUGCUGCCCAGGUCAGAAAGCUUGUCGGGGACCGUCCAGCUGCGUAGAGCCUAUGACCUGUCUACCCGACAAGAGCGAAGUCUUGUCUUGGCUAAGUUCCGUCGACCAGUAGCCUGAUCCGUUAGACCCGUGACUGUUCAAAAGUUUCAUUUUCUUUUGCAAUUUUAAUUUUAUGUACUGUUAAAUAAAGAGUUGCAUUGUGUUCUUACUUCAGAUCGCCUUUGAAACAGGUAAGCAGAGGCUUCCGUUUCCCAAGGCUUCACUGGGUCCCCCGGUGGAGCAUGGUCAGUGGGUACUGGGUCCCAGCUGCCUCAGGGCCUGCUCGGGCAGGAUUUCCCUGUUACACCCAGCGCUGAGAUGCAGGUCUCCUGGAACUCAGCUCAGUACACGCCUGUGCUUCCAGGCAGCUGGCCGUCGCUCCCAGUUGUGGAUUGCACACAUUUAAUUGCCACCUCCUUCCCUCCACUUUCAAAAUUUUUUUCUUAGUUGAAUCAACUUGUCUAACAAGCUUAUUUUCCUGCCCCAGCUGUGCUGUGAAUUUUUCAAGUCUUAUAUUCGAAUACCUGAGUUUAAGAAGGAUUUGAUUAAAAAAAUAUUUUUAGCUGAGUUUAGGACCUAUAAAGAUGUAUUUGACUUUUCAAAGUUAUGUCUUCAUUGAUAGUAACACAUACUUCUGUUACGAUGUUAACUAGUUCAGAGCUCUCGAUAUUUGGUUUUGGCAGACUUUCAAAAUAACCUGGACCUUCUGUUUAACUUACAGUCUCCUCUGUCCUGCCAGUCCGUUGGCUGUUCUGAAAGAUCCCAUCACCUGGUGUUUUCAUAGAAAAAUUUUUUAAAAAGCUAAUCACAUUUCGGCAUCAUCAUUGCCAGUAGAAAAAUAUAUUAACUUUGUUUUUAUUCUUCAUAAUUUGGCUUCCUUGAGGAUACUGAGAAUAUAUUAUAGAUUACUUUGAUAUGUGAUAAUUAUGACAGUAUUAUUCUUGCUUUUUGUUUUUAAAAUAAGUUAUGGUGUAUGCCUAGACUAACUCCUGGAGUCUCCUGUGCCCUUUCAGCACCUGCACCCACCUGCCUGCUGACCGACAUGGGUCAGACCGCUGGUCUUCCCUCCGCCUUUGGACAAGCCACGUUCUCCAGGAGGGUUAUGUAGAGUAUCAUGAAUUCAUAUUUGACUGUUUACGUUAUUAAUUGAAAGUAAAACUCCUUUUUUUCCCUUGAAAAUUGUAUAAGCAAAUAGGAGGGAGAAGGAAAAUUAGAUUACCAUCCCCUUUCUGUACUACUUUGGAACAAUUUUUGGACCAUCUCGACCCGUAUUCAAAAAUCAGUUUAGUGAUUAACUUCUGGUUUAGAACUUCUAGUAUAGUAUCAAGUUACUUUCUUCUGUUAAAGUAGCGAUUAAUUGAAAAGUAUAUUUCAUUGGUAAUUUUUUUUCUCCCUGAAAUAGAAGAACGAAAUAAUGUUCUGUUGAAAUUCUACUCAGACCUGUUAUUUCGAGGUGUUAUGAAGCCUUUGCAGUAAUAUACAGAGUACAGUUGAUUGAGGGAGUUUAAGGUUUAUUUUAUUGGCCAGUAGGUUACUCAUUUGCUGCUAAGUACAGUUUUUUGGUAGAUUUUGAUAUCAUAGUGCUGGCCACUCGGUUCUGUGGUUCCUUAAAAAUCUUAUUUUCUCUUUCUCUCUAUAGGUAUGGGUGUACGUACAUACAGACAUGCACCCACAUCCACAUGUAGAACUCUAUUUUUAAUGACAGCAUACAUAUAUGGGUUUAUGUGACACCACAGAAGAUUUAAGUGAAACCUUAUUUCAGAUAACAUUAAAAGAUUGUGGGUAUGAAGUUACAUUUUGUAAAAGUGGUGCUCUCCACUCAGUUUUUCCUUUGGAAACAGAUUUAAGGGAAGGGGCCUUCUCUCUGCCCCACUUAACAAUUUUAUUAUACUGUAUACAUACGAGAAGCGGUGGACUUAAGGGCUUGAUGUUUCUCAGGCCUGCGUAUUCAGGGUUCCAGUUCCCAGUGCCCGUAACGGACGUUACGAAUGCAUAAGCGCAUUUUCUUUAAAGAAAGAACUUAGAUUUAUAGUGUUAUUUCUUACUUGCUCUAUUUCUUUGCACUAAAAAGCUAUGUGUUUGUUUGUAUGACACUUUAGUACCAUAUUGCCUACAAGAACUCAAUCUGCUCCUUAAUUUCCAAAUUCUGGGGAGUUGGUACCUUCCAGGAUCAUUAAUAGAGGUUACCUGCACAUCUGGGGAAACAUCACGAAUCCCUAUGAUGACAAGCUGCAUUUCGGGGUGGUUCCCUUGUAGUAUUUUCUUGUUCACGGGUAGAACAAAGGGUGGCCGCAGUUGUCAGGCAGGAGGUGCCCAGGUGGCCACUCCUGUGUGUGGUCAGUUUCUGUGUUCACUCUCUGAAUUCGGUGUCGUCCCCCCUCUGAGUGCGCUGUUGUUGCUUUGGAGUCUGUGACUCACGGUCCCUGUGGGUCUCCCUUUGUGAAGUCCAGCCGUGCUCUGUGAUGUGCCCCGGGAGUCCUGGUAGCAUCUUCCAUGUGCUGUGUGCAAGAGCGGCAGAGGCUUACCUGGGGAAGCCAGGACUUGUAACUAGGUGUCGGUGAGCAGCCGAGAGGACUGGCCUCAACGUCUCUUCUCAGUGAAGAUCUUUGUGUAGUUGGCAUUAAAAACCAGUGUUGAAAGAUAGCAACUAGAAACUUCAUUGAGCGCAAGAAGCUGUGAGGGAAAGUUCGUGUUUGAAUUGUAGGAUUGGGCUGAGUGUGCCUUCAGUGUCUCUGAAAGCUCAGUCACAGAACCGUGUGUGCGGGAAGUCCUCGUUGGUGUCGACCUCGUGCCCCGUCCUGUCACUUGUGAGCGUGUGCAUGCCGUUGGUCGUGUCCGUCCCUGUGUCUCAUUGCACUGACUUGGCAAGGUGACUCAUUUUUCUUAGCACUAUUCAUUCUGAAAAAGUCUCCCACGUCUUCCUCACUGCUUCCCCUUGUAAUUAGUUGGUAAACUUUGAAAACCAUUUGGGAUGUUUGAACCCCUGAGCCUGAAUGAAGAAGCUGGCCGAGAUCACCCCGAAGUCCCUCUGACUCGGAAGGCUGACAGAAAGCACGGGGUCUCUGACCUCGUCUCUGCAGAACUCUGCUCGCUUGGAGCUGCCUGUUGACGUGUGCAUGAGGAUAAAGGAGAAAUGUGUAUGCGUGCACAUGUGUGUGCACGUGUGUGGUUAAAGCCUUCCCUGCAGGUGGUUCUAAGGAUUAGUGGGGGCAUUUAGGACCCGGUUCCUCCUGAGCUGGCUGGGACAGUGAGCAUCGACAGGUGGAGGGCUGACAAUGACACGUGACGUGGGUCUUGUUGGCUUCAGGGCAGACAUGUGACUUUGACAGGAUUGUCUACAAAGAGGCCUGCAUGUGGCAGACCGGGAAUCUCGCCUGCUGUUUCCUUAGCGUCAGGACUUGGGGCGUGCCCUCCCAGAGCUGAGACUCGCGCCAAGGGCAGCAGCGCUCUGUCGUGCGGGUGACAGUAAUGUCCUAACAUACUCGACCUUAACGACUGCUCUUUCCUUACCAGCCAGGAGUUCUGUGGAUCAUAAAAAGUAUUUUGUUGUUGCUUUUGUGUUUUGGCAGGGGAAAUCCUAUGACUGUGAACCGUACCCACCGCCUGGUUGGGUGGACAGAUAGCUGCGCAUAGCUUCUCAUGAGGUGUUUGACUUCCCUUCCCGUACUGAUGGGUGGUCACUUGUAAACUCCCAUCUGGGUAGCUACCAAAAAGCGUACUGGCUUCCGGCCCGUGGCGUCUCCAGCCCUGCAGUAUGAGUGCCUUUAGCAAGUGUUAGCGUCCCACAGAGAGCUGGGGGGUGGCCAGGACCGAAUUAGUGCCCUCAGUCUCCAUUCAUAAACCGGAGCUCGAAAUAGCAAAGGUCUGUAGAAUUCUCUUCUACACCUUUUUUUUCCUUUUUUAAUGCAGUCUCAAUAUCCAUAAAAUGUGUCAUCAUUGGUCAGGAAUCACACACCCUUAAAGAGGGGCCAGUGGCCUCAGGCUGGUAACAGCCCAGGCUGCUUUUCCCCGAGGUCUGUGUUACAUUUGUAUUGAGUGAACGGAAGGGUGGUGGAAGGACAAUUGGACACUGAAAUUUAGAAACGCUCUUUAGGGGACUUUCUCACAUGUGUCUUUGCUGUAGAGAGGACAGAAUUAUGUAUUUGCAAAUACAGCCUUUAGAGAGACCGGCAUAGCAAUUAGUAAUUGUGUUAACUCGGCCCUUCAUGAAAAGAUGAAGUUCACAAAUCAGGUUUGAGGGCUUUUAGAGCUAAAUUUUUCCUACUUCAAUGACAUCUUUCAGUUGCCAAGUACAUAGAAUCUUCAAAUAUACUGGUAAGUUAAUUUUAUUAUAGAACGAUCUUAAUUCUUUCUAACAUUUUGUAAUGAAAAAUUUCAAACACAUCCAAAAUUGAAAAUGUUUUGCAGUGUACCUCCUGCUGGAGCCUGCUGUCAUUUUCUCAUGCUUCUAUUAUCAUGUAGCUACCCACCUGUCCAUCCCUCUGUCGUUCCGAAUGUUGGACAAUACGCAUUCCAGCAGAAAUUUCAGACAGUGCACUUCCCCUAAACGUGGCGUGAGUGAUGCUAGGCUUCGUAUGUGUUUGAAUAUUAUCUUUCUGAAAGUGGUAGACUUUGGCCCCGCGGCCCCAGUCCGUGUGCUGAGAGGGGGACAUUUUUGCACACGAAGUUUGCAGAGGAGGCCAUUUAAAAGUCGUCACGGCCAUCAGUCUUAUAGCUUCGCGGUAGGAUUGCUCCUUUGCCCCUCUUCUGGCGUCGUGUUUUUGCUGAACUAUGCAGCGUCUCCCAAAGCCUGUACCUCGGGGUUUCUGAAGUCAGCUGUGCCUCGUUCCAGCCUGUGCAUGUCCUCAUUCUCACCUUCUCACCUUCCCGCUGCCGCCCAGAAGGUAACGGGCCGAGCCCACCUGUGACUGCUGCUGUCCACAGCUCUAGCAGAAAGGUCAGGACGCUGUUGAUUCAUCUGUAGAAUUUGGUUUGAAUUCCCUGAGGACUGUAAAGACUCAGGCCUCCCCUAGCCAUAACGAGCAGUUAACAGUGAGGUGCUGUGAGCCUUCGUACCGCACCGCGAGACGGCCGUGUGGAUGCCUUUACUAUUUGUGGAGAGUCUGGAGCAUUCAGGUGACUUGUCCAGGCCACGAUGCGGUGGGCAGAACUGGAUGGAAGUGACGGGAAUGCUCCGGAUUCAGACUGCUUGCUUGUUAAGGUCCCUGGUUUCUAAGAUAACCAAACACUUUCUUCAGGCCCUUAAAAGCAAAAUACGUGUUUUCACUGAUGAGGCUUUUACUUUUCGGCAUUUCACAAUUCUUUGAACUUAAAGAUAUUCUCAUGGUCACAGAUCUUAAAGCCCAGAGCAGUUGCUGGAAACCUCCCUGUUCUGUGGAGUACUAACUGAGAAUGCAGGGUUUGGCCAGGUUUCUUUUGCAUUUAAAGGACCUUCAUGAUUCACUCAUAACCUUUUCUGUGUAAGUGCUUAAGUGACCCCCCACUAGUGAAGAUAAAUACCCUGAAUCACUGAUGAGGAUGUACUCUCUACAUGACCUGGUUUUUUAAGGAUGGUAACUCCAAGUGUUCAGGGGAGGGGUAUUACCCUGGGGCAAAGCACACAUGAAGCAGUUUAUUUCUGCUCUGCCAAUCUGGCACUUACGGGAACACUCCUCUUCGGAGUGGCUGGUUAUGGUUUUGCCUUCUUUUGGUACCGAAGUAGCUUUCUGUGGCUUUGUAUUUCCACCUGUCAGUUUGUAAGAGUUUCAUGUUGGCUCUGUCUUGGCAGUCAGCUGUGGUCCGUGGGCGCCGUGGCGCUCUGGUUCGGUCUGGGUCUGCCUGGGACGCAUUCCUGGCAUGGUCAGACUGCCUCCCAGCGGCCAGCACUGCCCGGCAGCACGUCGCCCCUCCAGGAUAUCAGCUCUGGGUCCAGAAGCAAAACUGCUUUGCUCUUAUUGUUACGGUGCAUUAGUUAGCACAGCUGUUCUGAAUUAGAGAUCAGCGUGGGGGCACCAAGGGAGACGUUAGAACCCUUCCUUUAAUGGCAUGACAAACUUUUAAAACUGCUCUUGCUGUUUCAUUAGAACCUAUCUUUGGUAAGGGUAUCACUAAGGAAAUGCUGUCAAACCUGUAGGAGAUCAGGCUGUUGCCUGCAGUUUCCUCCAAGCGUCACCACAGGGUUUGAGAUCUGUGUGCGUGAUUUGGGCGAAGUGCCGGUCACCGCUUCGGAGGCUAUGUUCUGGGGCUUCCAAGUGAAAAGUGUGUUAUGGGAUGAAAACCCUCAACUGUGAAUUGUGGAAUUAAAAUUGCUGUUUGAUUUUAUUUUCUCCAGCAUAUUGAAUAUAGAAAUCUGAAAGUUAUUUAAAAUUCAUACUGCUUAUGUUGAUGGUUCUUUUUGGCUGUGUAUCCUCAUGUACUGAUUUCUGAUAAAAGCUCGAUGUUAUUAUAACAGGCAUUUUGUGUUUAAUUUAAUAAAACCGUUUCUGAGUCUUG